GACAUACAUAAACAAGCAGAUGUUCAAAAUUCUAAGUCUAACGAUAUAAUAAAAUUCCAAUCAAAAUGUCCGCUCACUCACUCACUGAAGAACAGGAGCGCCAAUUUCGGCACAUGUUCGAAACGUUCGAUAAAGAUGGAAAUGGUUCGAUAACCACAGCGGAACUUGGCAUCGUUGUGCGUGCACUAGGGAUGAAUCCAUCGCAGGCAGAAAUAGAGCAAAUGAUCCAUGAGGUUGAUCUAGAUGGAAGUGGUACGAUCGAAUUGAAUGAGUUUCUGGUACUCAUGGCACGUAAGCUGCGGGAGGACACUACCGAUCAGGAACUUCGUGAUGCUUUCAAGAUCUUUGACAAAGAUGGAGAUGGUUUUCUAACGGUGGACGAACUGUCGGCUGUUAUGAAGAAUUUCGGCGAACGACUGUCUGACGAAGAGCUGGCAGACUUGUUGGACGACGCUGACAUUGACAAAGAUGGAAAGAUAAAUUAUGAGGAGUUUAUCAUAAUGUUAACAAAAUGAGCCCUGGUUAACAGAACAAUUUUCGGAACAUAGUAGUAUUACAGUUGGUUUCUGAAUACAUAUUUGUUCCGUUUUAAUUUUUCAACAAUGUCAUGUCCUGUCUUUUCAGAAUGUUUUUGUAAAAAUAAAAUGGUAC